AUGCUGGCUCGACUUGGACGUUCUGCAAGCCUCAAUCGGGAUUCAUUGGACCGUGGUGAAACAGCUAAAGAGUGGGAAGCUUUAGGACCAGUGAACUGCGAAACAGAUCCGAUCUGCAUUGCUUGGGAAUCGCUAAAGCCGGCCUGUACAAUAGGUUUAUUUAUGUAUUUUCUAAAAGUUUGUCAACUGCUGUCAAUCAUGCUUAUACAUUAUUGGACACUUACUGCAACCGGCCUACAAACGGACAAUGAAACGCGGCGACAGUUGUCAACAUUGCAACAGCAGACAUUUUCUUCGGUAGCAGCAGUAACCAAAUCCUUGAAAAGAUCGACUUCACACAGCCUCUGA